AUGCAUCGAAGGCACACAACCCUUCGGGAGAAGGGCCGGAGGCAGGCCAUCCGGGGCCCUGCCUAUAUGUUCAAUGAGAAAGGCACCAGCCUAACUGCCGAAGAGGAACGCUUUCUGGAUUCAGCAGAAUAUGGCAACAUUCCUGUUGUGCGAAAAAUGCUGGAGGAAUCCAAAACCUUGAACUUCAACUGUGUUGAUUACAUGGGACAAAAUGCCCUACAGCUGGCAGUAGGGAACGAGCAUUUGGAAGUGACGGAACUCCUCCUUAAAAAGGAGAAUCUUGCUCGAGUUGGGGAUGCACUUUUGUUAGCCAUCAGUAAAGGAUACGUGCGCAUUGUAGAAGCAAUAUUGAACCACCCAGCCUUUGCACAAGGACAGCGUCUCACACUUAGCCCCCUUGAGCAGGAACUGAGAGAUGAUGAUUUUUACGCCUACGACGAAGAUGGAACUCGGUUCUCCCAUGACAUUACCCCUAUCAUACUUGCUGCCCAUUGCCAGGAGUAUGAAAUCGUCCACAUCUUACUUCUAAAAGGCGCGCGGAUUGAAAGGCCGCAUGACUAUUUUUGCAAGUGCAACGAAUGUGUUGAGAAACAGAGGAAAGAUUCCUUUAGUCACUCUCGAUCGAGGAUGAAUGCCUACAAGGGAUUAGCCAGUGCUGCUUAUUUGUCUCUUUCCAGUGAAGAUCCUGUCCUUACUGCUUUAGAGCUAAGCAAUGAAUUGGCCAGACUAGCCAACAUUGAAACUGAAUUUAAGAACGACUACAGGAAGCUAUCUAUGCAAUGCAAGGACUUUGUUGUGGGGGUGCUGGACCUGUGCAGAGACACCGAAGAAGUAGAGGCCAUUCUGAACGGAGACGUGAGCAUACAUUUGUGUCCCGAGCACCACCGGCCCAGCCUGAGCAGAAUUAGACUGGCCAUUAAAUACGAGGUCAAAAAGUUUGUUGCUCAUCCCAAUUGCCAGCAGCAAUUGCUCACCAUGUGGUACGAAAACCUCUCAGGCUUACGGCAGCAAUCUAUAGCUGUGAAAUUCUUGGCUGUCUUCGGGGUCUCCAUCGGCCUGCCGUUCCUUGCCAUAGCAUACUGGAUCGCGCCGUGCAGCAAGUUGGGACGGACCCUCCGAAGUCCUUUCAUGAAGUUUGUGGCACAUGCAGUUUCUUUUACAAUCUUCCUUGGAUUGUUAGUAGUGAAUGCUUCAGACCGAUUUGAAGGAGUAAAAAAUCUUCCCAAUGAGACCAUCACGGAUCAUCCUAAACAAAUAUUUAGAGUAAAAACAACCCAGUUCUCAUGGACAGAAUUGCUGAUCAUGAAGUGGGUACUGGGCAUGAUAUGGUCAGAGUGUAAGGAGAUCUGGGAAGAGGGUCCACGUGAGUAUGUCCUGCACCUUUGGAACCUGCUGGACUUCGGGAUGCUGUCCAUCUUUGUGGCAUCGUUCACGGCCAGGUUCAUGGCCUUUCUCAAAGCGACUGAAGCACAACAGUACGUAGAUCAGUACGUUCAAGAUGAUGACCUCAAUAAUGUCACCCUCCCCCCUGAAGUUGCUUACUUUACUUAUGCCAGGAACAAGUGGCUUCCCUCGGAUCCUCAGAUCAUUUCAGAAGGACUGUAUGCAAUAGCUGUGGUACUCAGCUUCUCCCGCAUUGCUUACAUUCUUCCAGCCAACGAAAGCUUCGGCCCCCUCCAGAUCUCUUUGGGGAGGACUGUGAAGGAUAUCUUCAAGUUCAUGGUCAUCUUCAUCAUGGUGUUCCUGGCCUUCAUGAUUGGAAUGUUCAACCUUUACUCUUACUACCUUGGUGCGAAAUAUAACCCCGCUUUUACAACGGUGGAAGAAAGUUUUAAGACCUUAUUCUGGUCAAUAUUUGGCUUAUCUGAAGUGAUAUCUGUGGUGCUGAAGUACGAUCAUAAAUUCAUUGAGAAUAUUGGGUAUGUACUCUAUGGAGUAUAUAACGUGACUAUGGUGGUGGUGCUGCUUAAUAUGCUAAUAGCCAUGAUCAACAACUCCUAUCAGGAAAUUGAGGAGGAUGCAGAUGUGGAGUGGAAGUUUGCACGGGCCAAGCUCUGGCUAUCCUACUUUGACGAAGGAAGGACUUUGCCUGCUCCUUUUAACCUAGUGCCGAGCCCUAAAUCAUUUUAUUAUCUCAUACUGAGAAUAAAAAUGUGCCUCAUAAAACUCUGCAAAUCUAAGGCCAAAAACUGUGAAAAUGAUCUCGAGAUGGGGAUGCUGAAUUCCAAACAACGGAAACUCCGUUUUCAGUCUAGCGCCCGAAAUACGGAAAACUUUUCUGGGAAGAACGCUUAUAACAAGCCCACGAGAUACCAGAAAAUAAUGAAACGUCUAAUUAAGCGGUAUGUACUGAAGGCUCAGGUUGACCGAGAAAAUGAUGAAGUCAAUGAAGGAGAACUUAAGGAGAUUAAGCAAGAUAUUUCUAGUCUCCGCUAUGAACUCCUAGAGGAAAAGUCACAAGCUACUGGCGAGCUGGCAAGACUAAUUCAGCAGCUGAGCGACAAAUUUGGGAAGAAUUUGAACAAGGACAUUUGA